UUUCCUGAUUGUGACCUUCUUGCGAACACAACCGUUCUCCCCCGAAAUACGAUACCAUGAAGGCAAUACGAGGUCUGAAGAGGGCGCUCAAUGACACUGGGAGAUACAGGUACAAGUCUCCAGAGCUUGCCGUUGAUCACGUUGUCAUUGGCGGAGGAAUCGUGGGGUUGGCAAUUGCCCAGCGACUGUGUCAACAGUUCCCUUCAAAGUCCACUUACUUGAUCGAGAGACAUCCACGAGCUGGGGAGGAAAUUAGCUCUCGCAAUUCCGAGGUCAUCCACUCAGGCCUUUAUUAUCCAGAGGAUUCCUGGAAGACCAAGCUAUGUAUUCGAGGCAGGGACCUCAUGUAUCAGAGAUGCAAGGAACGUAACAUUCCUUACCGCCAGACCGGAAAACUGGUCGUUGCAUCCCACGAGCAGCUUCCGUACAUCCAUAACCUCCACCAGAAGUCUCUUCGAAUGAAAUGGCCCGAAUUCUCCCUGGCUGGAAAGGAAGACCGCCAGGACCCGGUUCUGCCAACGGAACUGAUAAGCGGAGAACAGGCUAGGGAAAUGGAAUCCGACCUUUCCAAAGACAUUGUUGGGGCUCUCUGGGUUCCCACCACCGGCAUUGUCGACUCCCAUACGUUCAUGCAGAGCCUGGAGAAGGAUAUUGUCGAGUCUGAACAGGGCCAGGUAGCCUACGGCACCCGUGUCGUUCGCUUGGAUCCUUACAUCCGGUCUAAACGACCAGCCAACAUUCCCGACACAGAAACUGGUUGGAUUCUCCAAACUGUGACCGGCAAGGCAGAAGAAACCGACUCUAUUCUAGCAAGGACUGUAAUUAACGCAGCAGGUCUCUCAAGCACGUUCAUUCUAAACGCCCUUCUACCUCAAGACCAGCGGAUACCCAUGUACUACGCCAAGGGGUCAUAUGCCAAAUACAAGGGUCCCGGGGUCAGCAAUGUCUCGCAUCUCAUCUACCCAUGUCCAGAGACAGGCCCAACCCAGCACGCAUUCCAGUCCCUGGGCACCCAUCUCACCCUCGACCUGGACGGAAACAUCCGCUUCGGCCCAGAUCUCCAAUGGAUACCAGCCCCAGACACUUUCUCUGACGACCCCGAGCAAGACACAGAUUUCUGGAUGGAGCAUCUCACCCCCGACGAAUCCCAAAUCGCAGAAAUGCACCAGGUUGUCACACAAUACCUACCAGGUGUGACCUUGGACGGUCUACAGCCAGACUACGUGGGGAUGAGACCAAAGUUGAUUCCCCCCAGCGGUGGCUUCCAGGACUUUGUCCUUCGGAUAGACCAUCCCAUUGACGCGGAUUAUGCUAGCAUUGCGGAAUUCCGUCCAAUGAUUAGUUUACUAGGGAUCGAGUCCCCCGGUUUGACUUCGAGCCUAGCAAUAGCCGAGCAAGUAGUCACGGGCAUUUUGAAAGGAGGGAAGACCGAGGUCUAG